AUGAAUGAAAAUAUUUUGCCAAUUACUAGUGUUCAUCCAUGGGAUCUUUCGACUGACCAUCUCGUGGAUAGGAAAAGAAGUAUAAAUGAAAUCUUAGAACCUGUCGUAUCUACAUCUGAACUCCUCACUCCUCCAAAUUCGACAACAAGGAAAAACAUAAAAGAAAAGGGAAUUUCAAAACACAAUAAUAAUAAUAGUAAUAGUAAUAGUAAUAUUACUCAUAAUAAUGAUAAUUCAUCACCUAUUGCUCGUUCAAAAUUGAAAAGAACAAAAUCCGAUGGUAGUACUCGCUCAAAUGGUAAUUUAUCCCUGGACGAGUUAUUAGAAUCAUUGAAAAAAAGAAUAACAUUAGAUCAAUUGACAUCGAAACCUCCAUAUUCAUACGCCUUACUUAUCGUAUUAGCAAUUUUGCAAUCAGAAUCAAGUAGAUUGACAUUAUCUCAAAUAUAUGCAUGGAUCACAGAUUAUUUCCCAUUCUAUAAAUUGACUGAGGCAAGUUGGCAAAAUUCAAUUAGACAUAAUUUAUCAUUAAAUGAAGCAUUCAUCAAGACUGAAAAAUCUGCUGAUGGUAAGGGCCACUUCUGGGAAGUGAAACCUGAAUCUGUAUUAAAAUUCUUUAAAGGUGAGAAUGGCAGUUAUGAAAUAAUAAGAGAAAAGUUGAAAGCUUUCCAAAAAGAAUAUUUCAGUCAAGUUCCUGCUCUUUCACAAAUAAAUCAUGUCGCAACGGAUAUAAAUAUGAAUACUGAUACUGACAAUAUUAUAAAUAACACUAUUGAAGUAAACAAACUAUUUAAAACUAUUGAAAAGUCUACUUCAUUAUUACCAAAAAUUAAUAUACCGGUAGAUCCAUCAACUGAAGUCGGCAAAAAAGUUAUCUCUUGUAUAAACGUUGAAAACACAAACACUCAGGAAAAGAUAAUAUACGCAAGAGAAGAUACUGAUCCCAUUAAUCCCAUUCAAGAACCGUUGCCCAUCAUCGACACUCCUGGGAUAGGCAGUAACAAUAUUGCAAAUGUCAACGAAUCAACUCCUGUAAUACAAUCUUCAUCACAUUUCACUAACCGAGGAUCUUCAUUUGAUGAAAAAGUAGGUACACCUAAUAAAUCUAAAUUGAAAAAAAGCGAUGAAUUCAGCCCACCGUAUAAAAUGCAAAGAUUCCAUACAUCUUUAGGAUUAUUAUCUCUCCCAAACGAUGUAUCCACUAAUAAUAUUGGUUCCCCUACCGUAAGAGAAUCAAACCCAUUUGGCCCAGUUUAUGAUUCUGAAAAUACAUCACUUCGACCACUAAGUAACUUUGCUAAUCUAUUGAAAUCACCCGCUAAUUCCAAAAGGUAUACAUGCUCCUUCAAUUCGAACUUUGAAUUAUCUCCAAAACCGACACUCUCUUGGGAAGAACCUACCUUAGCUAGACGAAUUCAAAUAUCAUCUUCUCCCUUAAAAAUGAAUGAUUAUACUACACCUCAACCCCAAUCUCCUCAUUCAAAACACUUCGCUGAACAAAAAGCUUCUAAACUUGAAUCAACACCUGAAACUAAAACUGCACAGAGAACUCCAUACCGGUUUAUAACUACACCAAAAGAUUCCACUUUUAUCUCUAAGAAAUGGCAAACUCCAUCACAUUUAUUUGAAGAUAUUUAUUCAUCACCAAUGAUUAAAGCUAUGGGAUCUACCCCAUCGUCAUUUACCAAGACACCUAGAGGAACAAUAUUGAAACAAUUUUCACCGAAAAAUAAUUCCUCUCCAAAUGCACACCAUAACAACGUUGCAACGUCUAGUUUUUCAUCUAAUGGAUUGUUCGGUGUGGAUGUAUAUUCGGUAUGGAAACGUGCUACUCAAAGUGUUAUUUUACAAACAGAUAAUAACUCACAAAAAAUAACGAACGGAAAUAAAAAAGUAGACAAAAAAAGAAGAAGAAUAGUACUGAGAUGGAAAAUGAGAAGCUGGAUCUUCCAUUUAAUGCAGUAUGAAAAAUCGUGA